GCAGCGAGCGCGUGCCGGAGGCGGCCGCCGGGCUAGCGAGACUUUGUGCUCCACAGACCCUCCUUCGGGCGCAUCCUCCCGGAGCCGCCCCCCAAACCCCCGCCGCUUCCAAUUGCUGAUCAUCUGGGCUGUGAUCCUCAAACACGGUUCUUUGUCCCUCCUAAUAUCAAACAGUGGAUUGCCUUGCUGCAGCGGGGAAAUUGCACAUUUAAAGAGAAAAUAUCACGGGCUGCUUUCCACAAUGCCGUUGCUGUAGUUAUCUACAAUAAUAAAUCCAAAGAGGAGCCCGUCACCAUGACUCAUCCAGGCACUGGAGAUAUUAUUGCUGUCAUGAUUACAGAAUUGAGGGGUAAGGAUAUUUUGAGUUAUCUGGAGAAAAACAUCUCUGUACAAAUGACAAUAGCUGUUGGAACACGAAUGCCGCCAAAGAACUUCAGCCGUGGCUCUCUAGUCUUCGUGUCAAUAUCCUUUAUUGUUCUGAUGAUUAUUUCUUCAGCAUGGCUCAUAUUCUACUUCAUUCAGAAGAUCAGGUACACGAAUGCACGCGACAGGAACCAGCGUCGUCUUGGAGAUGCCGCCAAGAAAGCCAUCAGCAAACUGACCACCAGAACAGUAAAAAAGGGUGAUAAGGAAACAGACCCCGACUUCGAUCACUGCGCAGUCUGCAUCGAGAGCUACAAGCAGAACGAUGUGGUGCGGAUCCUCCCCUGCAAGCAUGUUUUCCACAAGUCCUGCGUGGAUCCCUGGCUUAGUGAACAUUGUACCUGUCCAAUGUGCAAACUUAAUAUUUUGAAGGCCCUGGGAAUUGUGCCAAAUUUGCCAUGUACUGAUAACGUAGCGUUUGACAUGGAAAGGCUCACCAGAACCCAGGCCGUUAACCGAAGAUCAGCCCUCGGUGACCUCGCCAGCGACAACUCCCUUGGCCUCGAGCCACUUCGAACUUCGGGGAUCUCGCCUCUUCCUCAGGACGGGGAGCUCACUCCCAGAACGGGAGAGAUCAACAUUGCAGUAACAAAAGAAUGGUUUAUUAUUGCCAGUUUUGGCCUCCUCAGCGCCCUCACGCUCUGCUACAUGAUCGUCAGAGCCACGGCUAGCUUGAGUGCUAAUGAGGUAGAGUGGUUUUGAAGAAGAAAAAAAAAAACUGCUUUCUGACUGAUUGCCUUGAAGGAAAAAAGAACCUAUUUUUGUGCAUCAUUUACCAAUCAUGCCACACAAGCGUUUAUUUUUAGUACAUUUUAUUUUUUCAUAAAAUUGCUAAUGCCAAAGCUUUGUAUUAAAAUAAAUAAAUAAUAAAAUAAAAAGACUAUGUCGUCGAGUAUU